AUGGUUUGGCAUACUACAUGGGUGUUAAUCAGCGUUUUUCUCACCAUCAUCCUGUCUACCCAAUUCAACAUCCAAUUCGGACGCACCAUCUACCAGGGAGAAAAGAGUGAAAAAGCACAACAGAUUUUUGCUCCAACAUGUGCUGUAGGAACUUGCGACGGCGAAUACCGCUAUCUGAAACAGGUGGGCGAGGGUUCUUAUAGUACGGUGUUAGAGGCACAGUCAUCGACUACCGGCGACCUUGUUGCUAUCAAAGUCUUCAACAAGAAGGAAGGACGAGAAACCUUUGAGGAGUACAUUGAGAAAGUCGAGUCUGAAUUCAAACUAGCCUCUCAAUUAGUACAUCCUAAUAUCAUCCGAUCGCUCGAACUAAGGCAGGAGGAAGAAACAUGGUUGUAUAUCAUGGAGAGUUGUGAGACUCCGUUGAUUACAAAACUGCUCUCCGAGAGCAUGACUCAAAAUGAUAUAUCAGAUGUAUUUGUGCAACUUUUGAAAGCUGUACAAUAUCUACAUAUGAGAGACAUUGCGCAUCGCGACAUCAAAAUCCACAAUAUACUAUUAUGUAGUGACGGAAAUGCUAAGCUGAUUGAUUUUGGCGAAGCAUUGAACUUAACUCGGGCUGAAGGCCCGACAACAGACUUUGUCGGUACAUACGAAUAUAUAGCUCCUGAAAUGUAUAGAGCAGAGCCAUAUGACGCUUUAAAGGCGGAUGUCUGGGCAUUAGCUAUCCUCUUUUCUGCGCUAUCGCUACAAGAAUAUCCCUGGCAUCGGGCUCAGAUGAGCGACUCUAAUUUCUCUGCCUCUGUCGAUAACUCAUUCAACGCUCUCUUGGCCCGUCUUCCAAUAAAGUCGCGCCACGUAAUCUCGCAUAUGCUGAAGAUCGAGCCAGCGAACCGGGCUGACCUCCAUGAUAUCUUUGAUGACCCUUGGAUUCAAGAAAUCAGCAAGAAGCAGAUGUGUUGA